AUGGCAUUGUCAUAUAAACUCCAACUUGCUUAUUAUAUUAUUAUUGCAUUAACUGGUCUUAUUGGUAAUACAACAACAAUUAUUGUUUUUUCACAACGACGUUUACGUUCAUUACGUUCAUCAUUUUUUCUUACUUGUCUAGCUGCUACAGAUCUUGUAUUUAUAUUUAUACUUAUAAUUGCUUUACUUGAUGAAUUACAAGCACCAGUUAUGACUGUACCUGUUUGUUUAUUAACAAUUUAUUUUAGUCAUAUAGCAUCAUUUUUAUCAUCAAAUUUCACAUUAGCUUAUACAACACAUCGUCUUAUAGCUGUUCUAUUUCCAAUAAAAGUAACAACUUUUUUAAAACAACGUACAAAUCGUAUAUUAGCAAUAACAUUAUUAAUAUUUGCUUGUGUAUUUUAUUCCAUAUCAUUUUCUGUAACAACAACAAAACUUCGUACAAAUACAACAAAUAUUGUUCAUUGUGAAGAAGAUCCUGAUAAACCAUUAUUAUUUCCAUUUCUUGUUUUAGACACAUUAUUUACAUUUAUUAUACCAUUUUCAUCUAUAUCAAUUAUGAAUUUAACUAUUGUAUAUAAACUUCAAACAAAAUUAACAUAUAAAUAUAAAUUAUCAACAGCAAGUUCAACAGCACCAAUGAUUAGUCCAUCAAUAAAAUCAUCAACUAAUUCAUCAGGUCAAUCAAUGACUGACAAUAUUCAAAUAUCUCAAUUAAAUAAUGGCAAUAAUAAUAAUAUUCCUAGUGAAUCUCAUCAUCUUUUACGACAACAAAAUCGAUCAUUUUUAUGUGUUCGACCAACUCAACGAUAUAAACGAAUAAAUAAUAAUAAUCGUUCAUCACCUUAUUUACCAACACAACAACAUACACCAUUAUAUCAACAAAAUGCAUCAAUGCAUAUACGUUCAACACGAUGUCGAGGAACAGCAUCAGCUAAAACAACUAAAAUGCUUUUAGCUGCUUCGACAGUAUUUCUUGUCUUUAAUUUACCUUAUCAUUUACUAUUAUUUUGUUUUUUAUUUAUUAAAAAACAACCACCAUGGAUGCUUGAUGCAGUUAAUAUAGCUCGUCUUUGGUUUUUUGCAUCAUUUUGUGUUAAUUUUUUUGUUUAUGCUAUAUGUGGUCAACGAUUUCGAAAUGAAGUUGUUCGUUUAUUUUGUUGUUCAUUUAUUCGACAUUGUUUUGGAAGACAUAAUCAAAAGAGAUUACAAGAACGUCAAAAUAGUAUUUAUAUGAGUCAUCGGUUAUUACCUAUAUCAUGGUCACGAUUAUCUCAUUCGAAUUAA